CUGGGGUAGCCAGCGACAGUUGAGAGCGUACACGCACAGGCGGUGGGCGGUCAGUGUGCGCGCUGGGUGCCAAAACAGCUGUUCACGCCUUCACCUCCUCACCUCCGCCGUCGUCGGGCUGCCAAGAAACGCUCCUUCCCUCUGAGGGCUCAUGGCCUCCAUGUUUUUGCUCUCACCUUCUUCCGAUUGCCUCAACUAAACACUUCUUUCCUUACUCUUUCCCAACCGGCGUUACGGCGUCACACGGAUUGCUCUUUCCUUCUCAGGCUUGUUCACGCCCUCUUUCAUCGCACAAGCUGCCGCAUACUCUUGCACUUUCUGUGUUGAAGAAGUAUUGUUUACGGUACUGCUCGAAUCAUGCCGGACUCUCCUCCACCACUGGCGACAACGCCUACGCCGGACGAACCAGCGACGAUGAGUGCAGGCAAAGCGUCCGCCUCGCCUACUGAGUCCGACAAGCCCACCGCUGCAUCGAUGCAAUCUGCAACUGUACACCAAGAGUUCGCGCCGUCUACUGGUGCUGCUAUCUUCUCAACUGAGCUAUGCACUCAACCUCUGCGCCCGGCCGCAGGUCCACCGUAUCCGCCUGUCAUUGUGCGCGGCGGUGGUGAUGAGAUCAAGGCUGUAGUUGACGCUGCGCAUUACUGGCAAGCCAAGUUCAAAUGGCAGUGCCUUUGUAUCUUCCCAGGCCAGAACUGGCACAUCAACGAUCUGUGGGACGCUACCGAUAUUCACAUUGAAUCGGCUUCCUUCUGCCAGAAGAUGUUGACAUUCAUUGAGCGCGACACUUAUUACGCCGCGAAGCAGUUUGCCGAAGACUGGGCGCGAGUGCACUCCGACCGCUUGGACUUCGUCGGAAGUGAGAGCGCCACUGAUCCCUCUGACCCGUUCGCUAUUGUCGACAAGGUCUUCACCUACGGCGAGACGAUCGGCUUCCCUCGAACAUUUCUCUGGCACGUCGCUCACAUGAUGCGUACGAAUAUCGCAGAAAUAAAUGGGGCCAAAGAGGCGGCAACGGAGGCGAACCGUGGUCAGCAGCCGGUUCCUAUGGAGAAACUUAUAAAGGCAGCCCUCGAUGCAACGGCAACGGAUGCUGAAGCGGCUAGCGCGGUAAAGAGCCCAUCAACGGAAACCAAAGUGCUUGUCAAGAGUGUUCCUAAGUCGCCUACCGUCGAAACCUCUUCUCUCACGCCAGCUAUACCGCCUGCAGCAACUCCUCAAGCGCCGCCUACAGAACUACCUGCAGCACCGCCUACAGCACCACCAACAGCACCGAGCCAAUCUGCCCCGCGAGCUGCUCCGAAGCGCAUGCCCUCACACGGCCCUUCACAGCCUAGCUAUCACACCGAGCCAAUGGGUAGUAACAUGGGAGGUGUGCCUCUGCCUACUAUGCCCCCGCCCUACGUGCCACCCCAAAAUAUGAGAGGUUCACAAGCCACGCCUCGUAGCAUGGGAUGGGGGGAGUAUCAGCCACUAACACAAGGAUGGCCUGAGAACGUCUACCGCGUACCUACCGGCCCUUACUCUCGCCAUGCCUCGAGUACAAUGUCCAACAUGCAGUCUCCGCAGUUCACUCCUGUCACGAUGGGAAUGGGUCAGCCGAUGAUGCCGCCACCCAAUGCCAUCCCGCCUUAUGCGCAGGGUCCUUUGAUGAUGUCGGCACCCAUGGCCCCGAAUCAACACUUUGAUCCUGCAAUGGUUCAGCAAGGAAUAAUGCCUGGUCAGCCUAUGCAGAUGCAGGUUCCACCCAUGGGACAAGCUUACGUGCACCAACCUCAUCCUGCUGCCGGUGCGCGAGGAGCAUCGAUGGGCGACAUGACUAACACCAUAUACUACUCAAACAACAUGCCCGGUCAGCAGUGGGAUGCCCGCGCACCGAUGCCACGUCAAGCUAGCAACUUCAACAAUGGUGGUAUGCUUUACGACCCGUACAACGGCGCGAACCCCAAGUUCAACGAUGCACCGGGCUACAAUGGAGGCAAGAAGUCUGGUCAGAGCGGCUUUGCGAAUCAGGCCGGACGGCCACGCAAGACCUCAAACCCUGGUAAUCGUCCAGGGUACGGCCAGUACGGUAUGGACCGGCCAGGAAAUAUUACUACCAGUGGAGGACGAUACUCAGAGCACGGCUUUAAGAAAGGCCGCUCAGAGGAUGAUCCCGUUAUUACACAGAAUCGCUCGUCUGGUUGUCAUGACACCUGGAUUGGCCCGAAGAAUGAGACGGUCACAGAGCUCUUCGUUGGCGACCUACCAGAUGAUGUGCAAGUUCACGAGCUGAAGCAACUGUUCGAGCAAUUGGCAGGCAUCAGCCCCAGCCAGGUCGAUAUCAAGCAUGCGCACGAACAACACCAUCACCAUCGCUUGCACGCAUUCAUUUCAUUUAGCUCAGCUUCUGAUGCCAAGAAGGCGCUUCAGAUACGUGAUCGAAAACCACAUCUCCGAGACGGUUCAGUUGCAAUCGUAGUAUCAGUACCUAGACGCUUCUUCCAGAAAACACCCAACUCGGUUCGAAGGGGUUCGUUUACUUCAGGCUCCUAUACCGGCCCACCGCACCCUGGUCCAGUAGAUGAGCGAGACGCUCGCGGUGUAACCCGGCUGACUGCGCAUGAUGAAGAGAGCGUGGUCACGAAUCCGCACGCAGUAAUCGAUAGGCCUCUGUACUCUCCUCAGGACGCUAGAAGCGACCUGCAGAAGCCUGUUCGGCAGUUGGACGGCAAUGACCUUGCAUUGAGUGGAAGCCCUGAGGCCCGCAAGUCGAAGCCCCGCCAGAGCUCUCCCACUAAGAAAGUGGCGAUGAAGGGCGAAAUUUCUGUCGACGCGGAGGCUACUGUAGAAGCGGCUCCAGUAGAGAGCAUCCAGGGUGUGGACACUGAUCGCCCGAGCCCAGUCAAGGCCGCAGUGACUAAGAGUGAGGUGCAAGUCGCAGGACAACCAGUCGACAUUCCUACUAAGGCCCUAGACCCAAUGGGAGCGGAUGCAUCCACUCUUGGAGAGCCGUUGACCAUGCUGACAGAUACGUCCCAACUCGUUGGCGAAAAAGCAGAAGCUGCACACGAAGCGUCAUCACAGCCUCUCGAACACGGAGAAGCCACGGAAUCUCAGAACGCCAGAGAAGUGCCGCAAACCCAACCAAUUGUGGAGCAAUCAUCUUUCGAGGUAACAGGCCCCGUGGUGAAACUUCCAGUCAAGCUUGCGGACGUUCAAGCAGUUGAACAACCUGUUGCCGAAGUUAAGGAAGUCGAAACGGAAAAGCCGAAGCAACCUAUAGCGAGCCUGCUACCAGCACAAGUCGAAGAUGCAGGCUCGGAUGAUGACUUGAAGAACGACAUCAGCUUUCACUCUGCUCAGGAGUUGCAAACCGAUCCUCUACGUGUGGAGCCAGAGCCAGAGCAUCGAGACGAAUCGAUAAGUAUGAACCAAGGAACCACGACCAUAGAAUUCUCCACGACCAAAGAUUCGCCGCAGCCUGAGCCUAUUUCUCCGCCACAAGCCGCAACGGAGAACAUGCUACCACAGGCUCCUCAGUCACCGUCUGCGCAGCCUGGACAAGAAGCAAAUAUGCUGUCGGAGGCAGUGACUUCACCCCAGGAUACCGAGACUUCCAGGCCACUUAGGCAAAACACCGCUGCUACACCUACACAAAACGUUGUAGCGAUUCCUGUGCAGGACUUUGCACCGAUGGCUGCACCUUCAGCACCUCCGGCCGUCGAGGCCCUUAGAAAGAGUGGCGCUCAACAGAUACAGUCUCUCUCUCCGUUCGCAAAGCCAAGCAAGACUCAACAGAAGAAAGAGAGGGAGUCGAGGAAAAAGCAACAAAAGAAGGAGCAGGCAGAGAAGGAAGUAAAGACUAAAGCUGAGAAAGUCACGUCAUCUAUCAAGCUUAACGAACCGAUGACUGCUGAAGCCAAAACCGAGCAGCCUCAAUCCUCUAGCAGUGCAUCGUCUCAGCCCGAUUCUCAGGUUACGACAACGGAACUUGAUCAAGCUACUAUUGGUAAGGCGGCUAAAGCUCCUAAAGCCGCGAAGGGUAAGGGGAAAGCACCGAUGAUGGCUGUUGCGGAUCAAGAAAAGAAGGCAAAGGGCGAAGGCGAGGGUAAAGGCAAAGCAAAUGAAUCGCAGAUCGUGAAGCAGGAGCUAUUGACGCGGGCUCCCUCACCAUCACAUCAUUUGUUGGGAGCCCCAGAUGCACUGCCUCCUAGGGCUAUUGGUGUGGGCGUGGAGGGCCGCCAAGUUGAUCCGCCGGAUAUGGUCUCUCCCGGUUCUCCAGUGAAACCAAUCGACACACAGGCCCCUUCGAAGAAGAAAGCGCCCAUUCCCGCUGUACCGCACCUCCUUCUCCCUCCUAACAGGCCCUCAACUCACGGUAAAGGUUCUCUCGUCAGCGCGACCGGGGUCUCAAAUCCCUCGUCUUUGACCACAGCGGACAAUGCGCCCACAGCUUCCGAGCAAGAUACAUCCCAAAUCAAGAAACCACGUGGCACUUCUUCAAGCGCCAGCUCUGUAACAAUAGAACAUGGUAAUGACUCUACAAGCAUGAAAUAUCCCAGGACUGCAACCAUUUCCGAAAUCAAAUCUGAUAUUCUUUCCCUCCUCGCUAAACGUCGAGCCGAAAUUGAUAAAGCUGAGGCUGCUCAAGCUGAGGCUGUUCAAGCUGAGGCUGUUCAAGCUGAGGCUGUUCAAACCGACGCAGUUCAACUCGACACCCCUCAAGAGCAGGCCCCCAAGAAAAAGAAGAAAAAGAACAAAAAGAAAACAAAGAAGCCUGCUGAUACGCCUGUCGAACCUAACGAGACUGGCAAGGCUGCCGAGCUUGCUGACACCGCUCAACCUGCUGAAGUCGCGUCUGCAAUCAGUGUCAUCAAUUCGGAUUCUGCUUCUGGGGACGAUGGGAUUGAUGAGGAUUACGACUUCUAUGAUCCUUUCUCCUCGCAAAUGACGCAUAUCGAUGCCAUCAGGAGGGGUUUGAAGAACCCAAACUCUUAUUAUGCUCAGGUCAAUGCGGCGAUGGCGGCUGAUAAGGAAGAGGCAGAAGCUAAAGCCGAAGCUGAUGAGGCAAAGAAGGUACGUGCCAGCUUGUACAGAUUAUUUGAGAGUUACUGACUGAUAGCUUAGCUGUCUGAGGUGUCUGUCAUGCGUCACAUCGAAAGCUACACGAGAGAGAACCCCAGUAAGUAGAAGCUUCUCAACUCGACACCAGCUAGAAUUUCCUGGACCUCUCGCU